AUGAUCCUCAGCCAGUGCCGCACUUCUGCGGCUACUGCACGGAACAUUACCCUCCUUGUCCGCCAUGGUCUGAGGAGUACGACGACCACGCAGAUCGACAGGGUCCGACACCAUUCCUCAUCCUCCUCCAUAUCUUCAGACGAACUCACCCACUUCUCCUCUCUCGCUAGCAGUUGGUGGGACCCACUGGGCCCUUCGCGCAUCCUCCACCUCAUGAAUCCACUCCGCCAUGAAUUUAUCGCGGCUUGCCUUUCCGAAUCGAAUCCACGCUCAGCCUGCCCCCCCUCCUCUUCUUGUGAUGAGGGUUAUGCAAACACCAGCACAAAUGCAAAUGCGAACACAACCCGGGCCUCUUCCUCUGGCCUUCGAUACCUAGACAUAGGCUGUGGCGGCGGCAUUUUCGCAGAAUCACUCGCACGCACAAUCCCACCUCAACCUGAUGCAAGCCAAAGUACAAAUACAGACCCCGCUUCAAACCUAUCACCCGCAACCCUGGCCUCCUCAAUCCUAGCCAUCGACCCAUCUCCGGUAAUGAUAAAAAUCGCAACCUCCCACGCCCGCGCCGAUCCCCUCGUCUACUCCCAUCUCCAAUCAGGUCGAUUUAAAUACGAGAACACAACGCUGGAAGCGCUCCUUCCAACUCCAUUUCCCUCUCAAUCUCCAUCCCCACCUCAAUCCUCAUCUCAGCCUUCCUCUUCGCCUUCGCCUUCUCCUUCAUCACCGCCCCCCAAACCACCAUCCCAACCGCACCAAAAAUUCGACAUGAUUACCCUCUUCGAAGUCCUCGAACACGUCAACCCACAGACGUCCUCUCCACGCUCUUUCCUAAAACAAUGCCUACAACUCCUGCACCCGGGCGGCUGGCUAAUCGGCUCAACGAUCGCGCGCACCGUACCUUCUUUUAUUGUUAAUCAGGUCAUCGCGGAGGCGCCGUGGCCGAUUGGUGUAGUUCCCAGGGGCACGCAUGAGUGGGGGAAGUUUGUGGAUGACGACGAGGUGGAGAGGUGGGUUGGGGAAGGGUUGAGGGAGAGUGAUGGGAGCGGGGUUGGCAUGGGCGGAAUUGAUGAUGGAAUGAGGUGGAAGUGUGUGGGUGCCAUGUAUUUUCCCGGGUUGGGGUGGAGAAUGAUUCCUGGAACGGAGAAGUUGGGCAAUUAUUUUUGGGCGGUGCAGAGGGGUUGUCGUUUGUAA